AAAUCUCUCUCUCUCUCUCUCCAGAAACUCAAAACCCUAAUACGAUGUCUCACCUCCCGGAGGAAGUCGUCUCCGACAUCCUCUCCCGAUUACCCGUCGAGCCUCUUCUCCGAUUUAGAUCCGUAUCCAUUCCAUGGCGUGCCCUAAUUGACAGCUCCGAUUUCGUCAAACUGCAUCUCAAUCGAUCGAUCGAAACCAAGUCCAAUCUCUGUCUCGUUAUGAGAGAUGAUCAUCUUUUUGCUGUUGAUUUCGAUUCGCUCGAUGGCACUACCGUAGAGGCUGUGAAGCUCGAUCAUCAUCCCUUGAGGUGUCAGGACUAUGAGACCGAGGUAUGGGGUUCAUGUAAUGGCUUGAUUUGCUUGUCGAACGCUUUGGAUACUAUGGUUUUGUGGAACCCAUCGACGAGGAAGUCUCGAAGAUUGCCUUACGCUUCGAUUGAGUUCCAAAACCAUUCUAGGUUUUACGAGAGCCGGGUUUAUGGAUUUGGGUAUGAUAGUGUUACUGAUGAUUAUAAGGUUGUGAGGAUUGUGGUGCUCAAAGGGAAGGAUGGUAAUUCUUUUCAUUAUGAGGUUAAAGUUUAUAGCUUGAACUCGAAUUCAUGGCAUAGGGUUGAGAAAUUCCCUCAUAACCCUAAUUACCCUAUCUUGAAAAGAACAGGUGGUGUACUAGCUAGCGGUGCUGUGCACUGGGUUGUGACUCAAGAACCCGAGAUUCGAAAGGCCGGGUUGAUUGUUGCUUUUGAUCUUGUGCGCGAGGAAUAUAGGAUGGUGCCACAACCCGAGUAUUCGGAUACAGAUUUUGUAAUGAAUGUGGAGGGACUUGGGGGCUUCCUUUCGGUGCUUUGCAAUUAUUACUUAACCCGUGUUGAUAUAUGGGUGAUGAAGGAUUACGGGGUGAAGGAAUCUUGGACGAAGUUAAUUUCGUUGGGGCAACUGGGUGUGAUUAGGUCUUUUCAUUACGUGAGGCCUGUUGCUUUUUCAAAGAGCGGCGAGGAAGUACUCUUGGAGCAAGACACUGAAAUGCUUAUUUGGUAUGACUUUAAAAGGAAGAUGACUGUCAAGAAAGUUAAGGUUCGUGGUAUAAAAGAAUUGUUUCAAGUAGAGAUGUGUGUGGGAAGCCUUGUUUCACUUGAUGGUGGUGGUAGUGAAGGUGAUGGUAAAAAGCAACAAGAACUUGAAGAGAGGAAUAUGGAUAAUUUCCUGUCAAAGGGGUUCAAACUGGUUCUGUAAGCUACUGGAAGAAGAAGUAGAAGAGGAGCUAUAUGUUGGAGAGUUAUUCUUUUCUUACAGAUGAUUUCUAUUGUGAAGCAAGUCAAAACUGUUAUGCCAAGCUAGGAAUCAGCACUAUUUGGUCACGGCUGGGGCGAAUUGGUUGUCUGAAAUCCAAGGAAAUGUAUGCACAUAUCACCUGUAGUGAGGAACUUGUUAAGAAGAACCUAACUAUACAGUUUGUUGUAAACCGGACCGGAGGACUUCUAAAAGACCUGUUUGGUAUUGUUGCCAUCAAAUUUUUUUUUUUCUUCCCUUUUUCUGCUUCUCUUUUCUGAAUCUUCCAGAAAUGAAACUAAAGAAAACGUUGUGAAUACAUUUUGUUUUCAAAUCGUUUUCAUUUUCUUAUGUAUCAGAAUUUUGCUGAAACCUCAGAAGCAUUUUGUGAUAGUUUCCUGGAAUAAGGGUUGUGUCGGGAAAUUUUUUCAUGAAUUGCUUUAAAAAAACAGUUCAAGUGAGCAUUUGAUGUUUUUAUCUUUUUUUUGUAUAUGUGUUUUUGAAGACUGAAAAUAAUUUUCAGAAAACAAUACCAAACAGGUACUUUCUUCGAGUUCCCCAUACAGCAGUUGUUUGCCUCCGCCCGAUCUGUCUGGGAUAACAAUGCUAUGCAAUUGUGAGCUGGUUGCACAGAGGCGCUUGUUGUAGAUGAUCCAUAUCGUACUCCUUAUAGUACUUAUAUGGGGUUUUUGGACACCAGAAUAAGCUGUGUUUUCUAUAGGAGUUGGUGUAUUUGUGAAAUGUUUUUUGCCAGAUGUGCUCCAAGAUCUGUGAGCAAUUUUGAUUGAUGAUACUAAGCAUAAACGGGUUUUCGUUUUGUAGUUUGCGAUAUUCAAAGCAGGUUGGUUGCAGCAGCUGCUCCUAGAUAAGGAAGCUCGCAACGCCAUCUCUCUGUACACACAAGCUCUGGUUUUGCGUGAAGAUUCUAGUUAUAUAGGACCCAUCAUAUGCUUGUUGCUGUUUGGUAUUACUAUUAUAUUACCAAACUGACUUCUUGUGUAAUAGUUGGAGUGCAUAGAAGUGCAUGGCCUUGUCUGGCUGCUUAUAGUUUUUGUUUGUGUAAAUCCAUGUUAGGAUGCUUGGUGCAGCUUUUGCUUAUGAUUUAUGAAGCAAAAAUAGUUUAAUUAAGUUGAAAAAAAUUGAUUAUCUGAAAGUUUGAAGAGGAUGCUUUUAGUUUUUGUUGUCAACCUUCAACUUAAGGAAAGCUGCACCAAACAGUGCCCCAUUGAAAAACAGGAUUGCUCAACACUGUAUGACGUGUGCUUUUGAAUGUAUUGAUGUCUUGGUGUAA